AUGAUCAUGGACUUUUUUUUCCGGUUGCGGUAUGCCGAUUACGGAUAUUUACAGCUUCUGCCCGGCCUCGACAGCCUGGUUUACACGCGGGAGCCCAAAGCAGGGCCGUACUUUUACUCGCAUGUGAUGCUGGACGCAACAAUGAAAAGCUCCCUGACAAAGCUCGCGAUCGAAUGGGUGCCGGUUUCUGAGCCGGACGUGGAAGCGCUGGUCCUCAGUUCACCCCACUUGACCGAAUUCCGAUUGUACUCGCUCGUGGCCUCAGACCGGCGGCUGCACGGCACUAAUUUCUCCUUGCUCCAGAGGGCGCUGCUGCGGGCAAAAAGGCUGGCGCGGGUGGAUAUCAGGCUCCGGUGGUGGCCACCACACGUCUCGGCCGAAGCCAUCCAGCAGGUCACGUACGGUGCUUUUAGGGGCUUCGCUGAGCUUUCGCACCUGGAGGAGCUGCGCAUCCCAAUCUGCGCGCUGAUGGGAUGGGAGGUGCCAGAACGGGUUCACGAGGUUCGCGGCGACGAGCUGCUGCCGUCAAGCCUGCGCACGCUCACGCUGACGCAGGGACUGGGCGAGGUGUCGGGGUACCAGUGGACGCCAUGGCCAACGGCAGCCCUGUGUUGGGGCCUCCUGAGCGGAGCUUCUAAGCGACUGCCCAGGCUGCAACGGCUGGCGAUACAGCGCGUGCCACGACAAGAGUGGCAGGUGUGGUUGCAGCCAGGCAGCCCGAUCGGUCAGGCAGCGGCGGCUGAGGGCGUAGAAUGGGACGCGUCGCGGGUUGGCACGGACUGA